AAGCGUUUCAGUGGGAGGCUUCAAACCUACAAUGUUGGGCACGUCGUCGUGAGUAAUAAAGUAAUGUCUUGCAAAAGCGUAAGGACAGCAUUGUCCAUUAACUAAUUGAAUGAUCGGUAAAUGCCUCCUGCGGCUAGUAUUAUCCCCUCGUAUAUGUCGUUUAACUUGAAAGAAGGGCGUUUUGCCACAAGGUGAGUGCAGGCUAGAUGACAAUGGCACACGUCGGGGCAGUAAUCGCAGCAAUGGCUGGUGUGAUGGCCAUUCUGCUUCAUUCCUCCAUCCACAAGAUUGAGGAAGGGCAUUUAGCUGUGUAUUACAGAGGAGGAGCUUUGUUGACAAAUCCUAAUGGCCCGGGUUACCAUAUAAUGCUGCCUUUCAUCACUUCAUAUAGAUCAGUGCAGACAACCCUGCAAACAGAUGAAAUAAAAAAUGUGCCUUGUGGAACCAGUGGAGGUGUCAUGAUCUAUUUUGACAGAAUUGAGGUGGUCAACAUGCUGGUUCCGUCAGCAGUGGUGGACAUAGUGAAGAACUACACCGCAGAUUAUGACAAAACGCUAAUCUUUAACAAAAUUCACCAUGAGUUAAACCAGUUCUGCAGUGUGCACACACUACAGGAAGUCUACAUAGAACUGUUCGACAUAAUUGAUGAGAACUUAAAGACUGCACUUCAGAAGGACUUGAAUGCUAUGGCUCCUGGCCUCACGAUUCAGGCUGUGCGAGUCACCAAACCUAAAAUUCCUGAGGCCAUCAGAAGAAACUAUGAGCUGAUGGAAGCGGAGAAGACCAGGCUGCUCAUCACCGUUCAGACACAGAAAGUGGUGGAGAAAGAGGCUGAAACUGAGAGAAAGAAGGCCAUCAUAGAGGCUCAGAAAAUGGCUCAGGUGGCAGAGAUUCACUUCCAACAAAAAGUAAUGGAGAAGGAAACCGAGAAAAGGAUCUCCGAAAUUGAAGAUGCUGCAUUCCUGGCAAGAGAGAGGGCAAGAGCAGAUGCAGAAUAUUACACUGCUGAAAAAUUUGCAGAAGCCAACAGGCUGAAGCUGACACCAGAGUAUCUGGAACUGAUGAAAUAUCAGGCCAUAGCUGCCAACAGCAAGAUCUACUUCGGUCAAGACAUCCCAAACAUGUUUUUAGACAACAGUGCCUCCCAUCCGAGUGCGGGCCAGGGUGCGGCAGACUCUGCAGAGCAGCUGGAGGUCUUGAGUAUGAAAGAGAGUCUUAAGAAAGCAUCCAAGCCCAAAGCCACAGAAGGCCACUGAGGGGCAUGAGAGCUGUCCACCCCCUCUUCCUCUGCUGUUCCUCUCUCUCUCUUUUCUCUUUCUCUCUCUUUCUGUGGGUGCUUGUGAGGCAUGUCACUCUGCUUCUGCAGUGGGGUUGGGUGCUUGGCUAACUGUGCUGUGACUGACACACAGAGCCUGUGGUUUUUCAGCAGUCACUUGUGGACUAAAAAGGAAUGUCCAGAAACUGUACUACUGAAUAUUGCCAGGUCGAAUUAAUGCGAUCCAAAUCCCCUCCCUGACUCACAUCAUCGUGCUUUUUCCCCUUUUUUUGCUUUCAACUUUUGCUUGUCACAAAUCCAUGCUAAUUAUUUUUCAAUGAAUUUAUGUGAAGUAUGUGAACAUUUCAAGGUUUAUGUUUGUGUUGUCUUUUACAUAACUGGAAUUAUAAGGCAUCACACUAAUUGAGAUCAAAGGCAAUGGCCAAUUGAGCUACAAUCCGAUAAAACUCAUUUUGUAGCCAAAAUUUGUCAUCUACCUUUCCUUCAUAUGUUGUUGAAGGGGUACUUCACCCUAAAGUUUAAAUUGUGUCAUUAUUUAUUCACCCUCAUGUCAUUCCAAACCUCUAUGGCUAUCUUUCCUCUGUGGAAUAUAUAAAAAAAAAAUUGUAUAUAUUUUUGUGUCCAUACAAUAAGUCAAUGGGAUUCAGUGUUGUACUUGUAAUUGAACUUUUAAUAUAUGCACAAAAACUUUAUUGUUCU